UACUUGACCAAUCUCUUCCAAACGAUUCUGAAGCCGUUCAAUAUUGUUCUGCGUUUGAAAAUAAGAGAGGCAAAGCGAAAGAGAAACUAGCAGAGAAAUUGAUCUCGCAAAAAAUAUUCACUAUUGUAUUACAAACCAGUUUGAAUGUGUGUCAUCUGCGCUAGGUAUAAUCAUUGCGAUAACUGUUAUUUCACUCGCGUUGGUAUUCAUCAAUGACUGGUAUUCAUCAAUCAAUUGGUUGAUAAGAAUUCGCGUAUUUGAGACGCAGUGAUCGUUCCACGAAAAGAGAGAAAAGAUAGAGGCAGACUACUUCAUCUACAUGGAAUAAUCCCCGUUCAUCGCAGGGAUUGAUCUUUCAUCGGUGGUUUCCCGAGAAAUCGGACUUUUUAUUCCAUCACAAUUUCUUCUUGUAUCGGUACCGAAUCUUUGGGCAUUAGUCUUGUACGCGUUGUUCAUUCACUAGAAUUAUCUGAUUAGGGAGAGAAAAAACAUAAUGAAGUGGCUUUUAAUAGUGAUAGUCUACUGUGCUGCUCAGGUAUCGGCUUUGAAAUUGAAUGUUAACGACGAUUGUACUACUCCAUGUGGCAAACCAGGUAAAUGUGUUCCUGUAAGGUCCUGUGAAUACGGUCUCAGCAGAUUACGAAAUCCCAAUGCAACAUACGAGGACACUUUGUAUUUACAAUCCAGUAUCUGUGGGGAACUCCCUGAUAAACCAUAUUUUCCACUGACAUGCUGCCCAGCACUUCUCAAUCCGACAGAUUGCGGUCUGAUAGAUUUCACAAAACGGAUCGUUGGCGGAGAGCCUACAAAACUCGAAGAGCAUCCAUGGGCUGGUCUGCUGGUGUACGAUUUGAACGGAAACGCAUCGAACCCUCGAUUGGUGCCCAAGUGUGGAGGAUCUCUAAUAAAUUCCCGAUUCGUGUUAACUGCUGCGCAUUGCAUUAUAGAUAUUCCCAGCAAGUGGACGUUAGAAUAUGUGCGUUUCAGUGAGUGGGAUGCAUUUAGCAACGAGAGCUGCACUACCGUAAAUGAUGAUGAGAAAAUUUGUCGUCAGGAAUACAAAGUGGAAAAAAUAAUAGUUCAUCCCAGUUAUAAUAAAUCCGUACGCAAUAAAGUGCAUGAUAUCACUCUUUUGAGACUAGCCGAAGACGUCCAGUUUAACAAAUAUGUUCGCCCGAUUUGCCUUCCUUUCGAUGAGUCAAUUAGAGAUAUGCCGAUCGACGAUGAAGAUUUUACGGUCACCGGAUGGGGCCAAACAAACAACCAAUCUCGUAGUGCAUUGCAAUUACACGUUGAUUUGAUAGGAAAAACGCUUGAUGUGUGCAAUGAAAAGUUCUCGAUAGCAAAUGUAACCCUCGUGGACACCCAAUUGUGUGUAGGUGGAGAGAAGGGCAAGGAUUCCUGCAAAGGAGAUUCCGGAGGUCCACUCAUGAGACUGGUGAACACCGUUUGGUAUCAAGUUGGCGUGGUGAGCUUUGGAAAUAAAUACUGUGGAACGGAAGGAUUCCCAGGAAUUUACACAGAUGUUUCCAAAUACCUAAAGUGGAUAGAAAAAGAAGCCAACGCACUUCAUUGCCCAAGUGAUAAUGCAUGAAACUUACAACUUGAGAUCUGACUGAAUUAUGAAGUAAAAUUAUUAUCAGUAUGGAA